GAAAGAGGAGGCGGCGGCCAGAAGAGUGGAGGCCGAGGGAGAGGAGGCCGGCGGAGAGGGAGGCUGACGGGAAAGGAGGCCGACGGAGAGGGAGGCUGACGGGAAAGGAGGUCGACGGAGAAGGAGGCUGACGGGAAAGGAGGUCGACGGAGAGGGAGCCUGACGGGAAAAGAGGCCGGCGGAGAGGGAGGCCGACAGAGAAAGAGGCCGGCGGCGGGGCCGAGGAUGGCGCAAAGAGAGGAGUCGUACACCUUCGACGCCCCCAGCGCCUUCAUCAACUUCACGGCCCUGGACGAGGACGGCGGGCCCCAUGACGACACGUGGUUCGACCAGAAGGACAACCAGGAGAACGCCCCCCUGGCCCAGCCCACCAUCCGGCUCCCGACGGCCAGGACCCCGCUGAGGAUGGCAAACCUCCCCCAAGCCAUCGUCACCCCCCUGCUCAAGUCGGAGGACGUCCCCCACACCGGGAAGAAGGAGGCAGUGGCGUCCAGACCAGUCCUCACAAACAUCUGCGAGUCGCUGGAGGCCUGGAGGGUCACGGCUAAGGGCGUCCCCGGCCCGGGGGGCCAGCCGCGGAGGACGUCGAAGCGCCUGUCGGCCCAGAAGAGACCGGAGAGGCCGCGCUGCCCGUCCGGUCCCCGGCCCUCGGCCACGCCCGACGCCAAUCACCGCGUGCCGCCCUCCAAGAAGAGGAAGAUCUCGAACAGCAGAGGCAAAGCAACGGGAAGCAACUCGCAAGGCGGCAAGGCGGGCGAGCCUCCUCUCUUGAGGAAGAAGGUGGUAAAGAGCACGGAGGAGCAGGAGCUGGAGACGAGGAUGAGGAUGCAGCAGGAGGUGAUGGAGAUGAGGAGAAAGAACGAAGAGUCCCUCAAAGCCGCCCUGGCCGGAGCGGGGAAGCCGGUGAAGAAGACGUCCGGCCACGUGACCAAGACGGUGGAUUUCCACUUCUGCACGGACCAGCGGGUCAAGGCCCCGCCGGCCGACAGCCAGGAGCCCUACAGGGAGACCAGCUUCACCUCCCACCUCAGGAAGCACCCCCCGUCCCCGGUCCAGGGAUGCAAAGGCCCCACGGUCCCGAAGCCUUUCAACCUGUCGCGGGGCAAGAAGCGUCAGCUGGAGGAGGCGGGGGCGGGGGGCACCGGGGGUCCGGGCUACGUGCCCCUGGCCCAGCAGAUCGAGGCCUUCCAGCGGCGGACCCCGACCCGCUAUCACCUCCGCAGCAAGAAGGACAACGACGUCGUGUUACCUACCAAGCCGAGCGUCUCCAAGCUGACCCAGCCACGGACCCCCAGCUUCCAGACCAAGGGGCGUCUAAGACCCCCCACCUGCAAGAGCGCCGCCCAACUCGAGGCCGAGGAGCUGGAGAAGCUGCAGCAGUACAAGUUCAAAGCCCGGGAGGUGGACCCCCGGAUCCUGGAGGGGGGCCCGAUCCUGCCCAAGAAGCCCCCCGUCAAGCCCCCCACCCAGCCCGUGGGCUUCGACUUGGAGAUCGAGCGGAGGAUCCAGGAGCGGGAGGGGAAGAAGCCGGCGGAGGAGGAGGAAGAGGAGGCGGCGGCCUUUGAGUUCCACCCCAGGCCCUGCCCCACCAAAAUCCUGGAGGACGUCGUGGGCGUUCCCCAGAAGAGACAGCUGCCCAUCACCGUGCCCAAAUCCCCUGCCUUCGCGCUGAAGAACCGCAUGAGGGGCAUCGCUCGAGAUGAGGACGAGAAGGAAGAGGAAGCCCCCCUCAGAGCGCGCCCGGUGCCCCACUACGGGGUGCCCUUCAAGCCCACCGCCCCGGAGCCGCGGGGCCUGGACGUCCGCCCCUUCUCCUUCGACGCCCGCGACCGGGAGAGGCAGCUGCACAAAGAGAGGAUGAUGGAGGAGAUGCGACGGGAGGAGGAGCAGGUGCCCAAGUUUAAGGCCCACCCCGUGCCGGCCUUCGACACGGUGGUCCUCCCCGAGAAGAAGGUGAAGACCGCCACCCAGUUGGAGCCCUUCCGCCUGCAAACCGACGAGCGGGGCGCCGUCAAGGCCGAGACGUGGAAGCAGCAGCUGGAGGAAGACCUGAGGCAGCAGAAAGAAGCGGCCUGCUUCAAGGCCCGCCCAAACACUAUCAUCCACCAGGAGCCCUUCGUCCCCAAGAGGGACAGCAAACUGGCCACAGCCCAGGACGGCUUCGAGCUGGCCACGGAGAAGAGGGCCCGCGAGCGGCAGGAGUUCGAGAAGCAGGUGGCGGAGCUGGAGGCCCAGCGGGCCCAGCAGCAGGAGCAGGAACGCCAACGCCAGGAGGACGACAGGAGGGAGGCCCUGGCCAAGCUCAGGCAGGACACGGUGCACAAAGCCAACCCCAUCCGCAAGUACCGGAGCGUGGACGUGAAGCCCAGCGACCAGCCGCUCACCACGCCCGUCUCCCCCAAUUUCUCUGACCGCUUCAAGUGUUAGGCCGGGGGACCCCCUCCUCCCCAGCCUCGGAUGACUGGUUCACCCCUCCCCAACCGCCCCCCGCCGAAGCCCCGAGCCCUCCAGACCGUUCUUUUAUUCGGGCAGGGGGCUUUACUUCAAUAAAGACGUUCGAGAGAUUAAGGUGUGAGUGCGGCGUUGGGGGAGGCCCCCUCCCCGCCUCGCCAAGGCCGCUCCCCUCGUCUUCCUCCUCACUUUCGGGACCCCCCGGGAGGAGGUGGGACGUGGGGGGGACCCCCCAAGGCAGUGGGAGGUGCGGGGGCGGGGGGUCCCCCCAACCCUUCGACCAUCCACACUUCCUGCUCUUUCACAAGGCCGCAUUCUCUCCCCGCCACCUCUCGUCUUCAGCAUCAGUAAAAUUAAUUAAUAAUAA